GAUGACAUCAUAGGUGACAUCACUAACGGUUUCGAUGAUAUCAUAGGUGACAUCAUUAACGGUUACGAUGACAUCAUAGGUGACAACACUAACGGUUACGAUGACAUCAUAGGUGACAUCACUAACGGUUACGGUGACAUUAUGAGUGACAACAUUAACGGUUACGAUGACAUCAUAGGAGACAUCAUUAACGGCUACGAUAAUAUCAUAGGUGACAACAUUAACGGUUACGAUGACAUCGUAAGAGACAUCAUGAACGGUUACGAUGAUAUCAUAAGUGACAUCAUUAAUAGUUACGGUUACGAUGACAUCAUAGGUGACAUCAUUAACGGUUACGAUGACAUCAUAGGUGACAUCAUUAACGGUUACGAUGACAUCAUAGGUGACAUCAUUAACGGUUUCGAUGACAUCAAAGGUGACAUCAUAAACGGUUUCGAUGACAUCAUAGGUGACAACAUUAACGGCUACGAUGACAUCAUAGGUGACAUCAUUAACGGUUACGAUGACAUCAUAGGUGACAUCAUUAACGGUUACGAUGACAUCAUAGGUGACAUCAUAAACGGUUACGAUGACAUCAUAGGUGACAUCAUAAACGGUUACGAUGACAUCAUAGGUGACAUCAUUAACGGUUACGAUGACAUCAUAGGUGACACCAUUAACGGUUACGAUGACAUCAUAGGUGACAUCAUUAACGGUUUCGAUGACAUCAAAGGUGACAUCAUAAACGGUUACGAUGGCAUCAUAGGUGACAUCAUUAACUGUUACGAUGACAUAAGUGACAUCAUAAACGGUUACGAUGACAUCAUAGGUUACAUCAUUAACGGUUACGGCGACAUCAAAGGUGACAUCAUAAACGGUUACGAUGACAUCAUAGGUGACAUCAUUAACUGUUACGCUGACAUCAUAAGUGACAUCAUUAACUGUUACGAUGACAUCAUAGGUGACAUCAUUAACGGUUUCGAUGACAUCAAAGGUGACAUCAUUAACGGUUACGAUGACAUCAUAGGUGACAUCAUUAACGGUUUCGAUGACAUCAAAGGUGACAUCAUUAACGGUUACGAUGACAUCAUAGGUGACAUCAUUAACGGUUUCGAUGACAUCAAAGGUGACAUCAUUAACGGUUACGAUGACAUCAUAGGUGACAUCAUUAACGGUUACGGUGACAUCAAAGGUGACAUCAUAAACGGUUACAAUGACAUCAUCGGUGACAUCAUUAACUGUUACGAUGACAUCAUAGGUGACAACACUAACGGUUACGAUGACAUCAUAGGUGACAUCACUAACGGUUACGGUGACAUUAUGAGUGACAACAUUAACGGUUACGAUGACAUCAUAGGAGACAUCAUUAACGGCUACGAUGAUAUCAUAGUUGACAACAUUAACGGUUACGAUGACAUCGUAAGAGACAUCAUGAACGGUUACGAUGACAUCAUAAGUGAUAUCAUUAAUAGUUACGGUUACGAUGACAUCAUAGGUGACAUCAUUAACGCUUACGAUGACAUCAUAGGUGACAUCAUUAACGGUUACGAUGACAUCAUAGGUGACAUCAUUAACGGUUUCGAUGACAUCAAAGGUGACAUCAUAAACGGUUACGAUGACAUCAUAGGUGACAACAUUAACGGUUACAAUGACAUCAUAGGUGACAUCAUUAACGGUUACGAUGACAUCAUAGGUGACAUCAUUAACGGUUACAAUGACAUCAUAGGUGACAUCAUUAACGGUUACGAUGACAUCAUAGGUGAUAUCAUUAACGGUUUCGAUGACAUCAAAGGUGACAUCAUUAACGGUUACGAUGACAUCAUAGGUGACAUCAUUAACGGUUACGAUGACAUCAUAGGUGACAUCAUUAACGCUUACGAUGACAUCAUAGGUGACAUCAUUAACGGUUACGAUGACAUCAUAGGUGACAUCAUUAACGGUUUCGAUGACAUCAAAGGUGACACAUAAACGGUUACGAUGACAUCAUAGGUGACAUCAUUAACUGUUACGAUGACAUAAGUGACAUCAUAAACGGUUACGAUGACAUCAUAGGUUACAUCAUUAACGGUUACGGUGACAUCAAAGGUGACAUCAUAAACGGUUACGAUGACAUCAUAGGUGACAUCAUUAAC